CUUUGUAUAGUCGUUUGUGUGUCUGGUUUACUGGGGCUUUCAUAUCCCAAAGUAUUGCUGAUACCCUCAGUAGGGUAGCCACGCCCUGCUGCCUAGUCCUCAACUUCUGGGACAUGUGUAUAUCUCCUUACGAUCUACAGGUCCCUGAGUACUGACUGUCACAGGCUGCCGCGUCUUUCCUGUUGACUCAUGUUUGGUUCCUCCAGUGAAAAUUUUACUUAGAGAAAUGCCGCAUCCAAAGCACUUGUGUGCCACCAAACCUAAGAAGUCCUGGGCCCCCAAUCUGUAUGAGCUAGACAGUGACUUGACUAAGGAGCCGGAUGUCAUCAUAGGAGAAGGCCCAACUGACUCUGAAUUCUUUCAUCAGAGAUUUCGGAACUUACUCUAUGUGGAAUUUGUUGGGCCUCGAAAGACCCUGAUCAAACUCCGAAACCUCUGCCUCGAUUGGUUGCAGCCGGAGACUCGCACCAAGGAGGAGAUCAUUGAGCUCUUGGUCCUUGAGCAGUACCUGACAAUCAUCCCUGAAAAGCUCAAACCUUGGGUGCAGGCAAAAAAACCAGAGAACUGUGAGAAGCUCGUCACUCUGCUGGAGAAUUACACAAAGAUGUACCAGCCAGAAGAUGACACUAGCAGUGACAUUAACAGCGACGACGACAUGAACCGAAACAGAGGAGAGUCCCCACUGCCUCGUACAGUCCAUUCUUUCAGCAGUGACGGAGACAGGGACUGGGACCGGAGGGGCAGAAGCAGAGACAUGGAGCCGCGAGACCGCUGGUCGUAUACCAGGAACCCAAGAAACAGACUGCCUCAACGGGAUCUUUCCCUUCCUGUGAUAGCAAAAACAAGUUUUGAAAUGGAAAGAGACGACGACAGGGACUUGAUGGAUUAUGAGUCCCGAUCCCAGGAUGCCGAAUCAUACCAAAACGUCGUGGACCUCACUGAGGAAAGGAAACCUCACAAUACAAUCCAGGACAACAUGGAGAACUAUAGGAAACUGCUGUCCCUCGGGGUGCAGCUGGCUGAAGAUGAUGGCCACUCCCACAUGACACAGGGCCACUCAUCAAGGUCCAAGAGAAGUGCCUACCCAAGCACCAGCCGAGGUCUGAAAACUAUGCCUGAAGCCAAAAAGUCAACCCAUCGGCGGGGAAUUUGUGAAGAUGAAUCUUCCCAUGGGGUGAUAAUGGAAAAAUUCAUCAAGGAUGUGUCACGCAGUUCCAAAUCGGGAAGAGCAAGGGAGUCGAGUGAUCGGUUGCAGAGAUUCGCCAGAAUGUCAGAUGAUAACUGGAAGGACAUUUCGUUCAACAAGAGGGAGUCAGUGAUCCAGGAGAGGGGUUAUGAAGGGAAUGCGUUUCGGGGCGGCUUUAGGUUUAAUUCAAACCCUGUUUCCAGAAAGAGAGUUCUUGAGAGAAAAAGGCGCUAUCACUUCGAUACAGAUGGGAAGGGCUCAACUCAUGAUCAGAAGGGCUGUCCCAGGAAGAAGCCCUUUGAAUGUGGCAGUGAGAUGAGAAAAGCCAUGAGCAUGAGCAGCCUGAGCAGCCUGGGCAGCCUCAGCUCCCCCUCCUUCACGGAGUCACAGCCGGUGGAUCUGGGGGCAAUGCCGUACGUGUGCGACGAGUGUGGGAGGUCGUUCAGUGUCAUCUCUGAGUUUGUCGAGCACCAAAUAAUGCAUACUAGAGAGAACCUCUAUGAAUAUGGCGAGUCCUUUAUUCACAGUGUGGCUGUCAGUGAGGUUCAGAAAAGUCAGACUGGAGGGAAACACUUUGAGUGUAAGGAAUGUGGGGAGACCUUCAAUAAGAGCGCUGCCUUGGCGGAACAUCGGAAAAUUCAUGCUAGAGAGUAUCUUGCAGGAUGUAAGGAUCAGGAGUAUGAGGAGGCCUUCAUGCCUAGCCCAACCUUCAGUGAGCUUCAGAAAAUAUAUGGUAAAGACAAAUUUUAUGAGUGCAGGGUGUGUAAGGAAACCUUUCUUCACAGUUCUGCCCUGAUUGAGCACCAGAAAAUCCAUUUUGGUGAUGACAAAGAUAAUGAGCGUGAGCGUGAGCGUGGGGAAGCCUUUAUGCCCAGCUCAACACUUAACAACUUUCAGAAAAUGUAUGGCAAAGAGAAAAUGUAUGAAUGUAAGGUUUGUGGGGAGACCUUCCUUCAUAGCUCAUCCCUGAAAGAACAUCAGAAAAUUCAUACUAGAGGAAACCCUUUUGAAAAUAAGAGUAAAGUCUGUGAGGAAACCUUUAUUCCCAGUCAGUCUCUUAAGAGGCGUCAGAAAAGUUACACUAAGGAGAAGCUCUAUGACUUUAAAGAUGGCAGAGAUGCCUUUAUGCAAAGCUCAGACAUCAGUGAGCAUCAGAAAAUUCAUUCUCGGAAGAACCUCUUUGAAGGCAGAGGGUAUGAGAAAUCUGUCAUUCAUAGCAUGCCCUUCACUGAAUCUCAGAAGAGUCAUACUAUAACAAGACCACCUGAAAAUGAGGAGGAUGAGAAGGCAUUCACUAUUAGCUCUAACCCUGAUGAAAACCAGAAGUUUCCCACUAUCGAAAAUGUCUGUGAGGGGAAACCAUAUGAGAGGUCUGUUAUUCAUACUUUAUCCUCUGCUGAAGCUCAGAAAAGUAGCAGUGCAGGGGGGUCCCACAAACCAAAAGUGAUAGCAGAGUCUACCGUUCAGAGCUCGGAUGUUAUCAACCAUCAGAAAGUUCGUGUUGGAGUGAGUGCCUGUGAGGGAAGGGAGUACAAGAGAUCUGUUAUCUAUAGCUUAGCUUCUCCUAAGUCUCUGAAAAGUCACAAUGGAAAUGAACUGGUAGAAUCUAAUGAGAAGGGAGAAUCCUCCAUUUAUAUCUCAGACCUUAAUGAUAAGCGACAGAAGAUUCCUGCCAGAGAGAAGCCUUAUGAAGGAGGUAAGAAUAACAGCUACGAGGAGUCUGUUAUACAGAGUGUAUCCCAUGCCAAACCUCAAAAAAGUCUUACUGGAGAGGGGUCAGGUGAAAUUAAGAAGGAUGGAGAAUUUUCUGUUCCUAGUUCAAAUGUCCGUGAAUACCAGAAGGCUCGUGCUAAAAAGAAAUACAUUGAGCGUAGGAGCAAUGAGACCUCUGUAAUUCACUCUCUGCCUUUUGGUGAACAGCAAAUAGUUCGCUCUAGAGAGAAGCUCUAUGAAUGUGAGGAGUGUGGGGAGUCCUUUGCUUAUAGCUCUGACCUCACCGAGCACCGUAAGAUUCACGAUAGAGAGAAGCCUUCUGGAAGUAGAAACUAUGAACGAUCUGUCAUUCGCAGUCUGGCUCCUACUGAUCCUCAGACAAGUUAUGCCCAAGAGCAGUAUGCUAAAGAGCAAGCACGAAACAAAUGUAAGGAAUUCAGGCAAUGCUUUGAUGCCAGCAGAGACCUCAAUACACAUCAGAAAAUCAAUGCCCAAGAGAAGUCCCAUGGCAAGGAGUCCAAUGGUGAGAAGAUCCAUAAUGAGAAGUCCCAUGGCAAGGAGUCUAAUGGCGAGAAGAUCCAUGGUGAAGAGACUCAUAGCAAGAAGACCUGUGGUAAGGAGAUACGUGGUGAGGAGUCUCAUGGCAAGAAGACCCAUGAUGAGGAGAUUCAUGGUGAGGAGUCUCAUGGCAAGAAGACCCAUGAUGAGGAGAUCUGGGGUGAGGAGUCUAAUGGCAAGAAAACCCAUGGCGAGGAGUCUCAUGGCAAGAAGACCCAUGGCGAGGAGAUCAGUGGUGAGGAGUCUCAUGACAAGAAGACCCAUGGUGAGGAGACCCAUGGUCAGGAGGGGAUUGAAGACUCUGUCAUUCAGGGCUCAGACGUGGAAGAGCCUCAGAAGGAUGACCCUGAUGACACGAUUUAUGAAUGUCAGGACUGUGGGCUGGGCUUUGUGGAUCUCAUAGACCUCACAGACCAUCAGAAAGUCCACAGCAGGAAGUGCCUCGUUGACAGUCGUGAGUACACACAUUCUGUAAUUCACACCCAUUCCAUCAGCGAAUAUCAGAGAGAAUAUACUGGAGAGCAGCUGUAUGAAUGCCCAAAGUGUGGAGAAUCUUUCAUUCACAGCUCAUUCCUUUUUGAGCAUCAAAGAAUCCAUGAACAAGACCAGUUGUAUUCCAUGAAGGGGUGUGAUGAUGGUUUUAUUGCCCUCUUGCCCAUGAAGCCACGGAGAAACCGAGCCGCAGAGAGAAAUCCUGCUCUUGCUGGGUCAGCCAUUCGAUGCCUUCUGUGCGGACAGGGCUUCAUUCAUAGCUCUGCCCUUAACGAGCAUAUGAGACUUCAUCGAGAAGAUGAUUUACUGGAGCAGAGCCAGAUGGCUGAGGAAGCCAUCAUUCCAGGCUUAGCCCUCACUGAAUUUCAGAGAAGCCAGACUGAAGAGAGACUGUUCGAAUGUGCAGUCUGCGGGGAAUCCUUUGUCAAUGCAUCGGAACUUGCAGAUCACAUCAGUGUUCAUAAGGAUGAGCCCUAUGAGUAUGGGUCCUCCUAUACUCAUACCUCAUUUCUUGUUGAGCCCCUCAAAGGAGCCAUACCAUUCUAUGAAUGCAAGGACUGCGGCAAGUCCUUUAUUCAUAACACAGUCCUCACUAAACAUAAGGAGCUCCAUCUUGAAGAAGAAGAUGAUGAUGAAGAAGAAGAAGGAGCUGUAGCGGCAGCCCAGGAGGUUGAAGCCAAUUUCCUUGUUCCCCAAGAAGUUCUGCGGAUUCAGGGGUCAAAUAUGGAGGCUGCCGAACCAGAGGUGGAGGCUGCCGAGCCAGAAGUGGAGGCUGCCGAGCCAGAAGUAGAAGCUGCUGAGCCAAACGGAGAGGCCGAAGGGCCAGAUGGAGAAGCUGCAGAGCCGAAUGGAGAGGCUGAACAGCCACAGCCCAAUGGAGGGGCCGAACAGCCCAACGGGGAUGCUGAUGAACCAGAUGGCGCAGGGAUUGAAGACCCAGAAGAAAGAGCUGAAGAGCCAGAGGGAAAAGCCGAAGAGCCAGAGGGAGAUGCUGACGAGCCCGAUGGUGCAGGGAUCGAAGACCCAGAAGAAGAAGGGGAGGAUCAGGAGAUUGAGGUGGAAGAACCAUACUAUGACUGCCAUGAAUGCACAGAAACCUUCACUUCCAGCGCAGCAUUCAGUGAGCACCUGAAAACUCAUGCGAGCAUGAUCGUAUUUGAGCCUGCAAAUGCUUUUGGAGAGUGCUCAGGGUACAUUGAACGUGCCAGCACCAGCACUAGCACCAGCACCAGCACCAGCACCAGCACAGGUGGUGCUGAUCAUGCUGAUGAGAAGUACUUCAAAUGUGACGUCUGUGGACAGCUUUUCAACGACCGCCUGUCCCUUGCCAGACACCAGAAUACCCACACUGGCUGAGAGCGUGGGGUAAAGUUUGGAAAACCUUAACCCAGGACUUGACCCUUACUAAACAACAGCAAAUUCAAGCCAACCCAUGAUAAUGUCUACGAAACUUACCUUAGUGUAUGCACACGUGACUUAACAUCAGACAACUCUAACUGAAAAGAGACUGAAGGCGGAGACUCCUUCAGUUGUAGCUCUUCCCAUCAAAUGUCAACGUAUUGAUGUGGGAGGCCACACAACACAUAUCUUACCUUUCAUCCAAAUAACCAGACUGAGGAGAAACCUUAUAUGUAUUUGAGACUACAAAGGUUGCCUCAAUCAACUGUAAAUGACACUCCUUUAACCUAUAUAUAAUGUUUCCUGAGGUGUAUAUAAAACAACAAAUCACAGCAAAACAGUGAUCACAUAUAUUUGGAUUUAAUAUAAUAUACAGUUACAGUUUAUUGUGCAGAGAUACCUUUUCUGGUACUCUGAUUUUUUUUUUUUUUUUGGAGGAGGAAGAGAGCAACAAAUUAGAAUAUAUUUGUAAGUGUCUUAGGUCCUGAGAAAGAUUUAUUGUGCAUUAUUUGAACCCUGCCAGUAUCUUUUUGAGUAAUUAGCUGUGUUUUGUUUCUUAUUCUUGAAUACUUGUGAAAGUGUAGGCAUGAAAGAUUACGUGUGUUUUACUCUUUACUGCUUGAAGAGAGAAGCACUUUUAGCUUCUUUCUGCAGCCAUUUUGUCUGCACCAACACUUUGGAACCUAAUGUCGUAUAAGCCUUUACAAUUCGCAGAUUGGCCUUUUGUGACCCAGAUUGAUUGGUUGCGACAUUGUGCGUACCUUGCAGUGGUUCUCAUGCAAAAAAUAUUUCACUUUUUUUUAAAACCAACUCAAUGUUCGAUAGUGAAUUCAUAAAACCCGAAGCUUGUUCCUGUAAAUCUUAUGUCUUUGCCUUUAAAGAACGGGUUACAACCAUCACUAGAUCACGGUAGUGCCUAAUGAAGGUUGAGAACCGAAGGAAAGGCUCUCAUGCUGUAAAUAAAUAAGGAUGCAGGCGAACGACCUUUUAUCACUUCCUCUGUGCGCUUCCUGCCUUAAGUGACAAGUAGCAACAUGGCUUGGGUCCUCUGCAGCUUUAGUGUGUGCUGCCACAAGUCAGUCUGUACCCUGGGUGCCCAGGAGCUAGUAUCCUUAGAUAUUUCUACCGCUCAACUUAAUUCUCUUCUUUCCCUACCCUAACUCUCUAACCCCAUGUUUAACUUGCAUUUUUAAACAAAAAUGCUUUCUUUACAGUCAACCCAAGCUUAACAUGGACUCAGGUUCCCCAGCAGCCUUAAUUUGUUUUGUUAGCAUCUGCUACUUAUUUUUCAGCCCUCCCAAGUAUUUCUGAGCUGUUCAUUAGAGUGUCACGUUUGUUUCAUCUCCUUAGUUUUCCUCUUAAUCACAAGUUGACCUCAUAGCUUGAGGUUUCCCGUGUCCUAUUCUGUGGACCACCUGUGCUCCUUUGCUUCCCCUCCCCUCGCAUAAUGACUAUAUUAAAAAUUUUUUUGGCCUUGUGUUGUCUGGAAAAAAAAAUUUAAAAUAAAAAAAAUCUUAUAAAAAGCAGAUCUAUAGAUCAAGUGAGCAAAAGAGAUAAGUGCAGAUCACUUGAACAACAAAAACUAAAAUACCCACUGGGGGAAAUGUGUCUGAAUCUUACUCUCCUAGAUCAGCAGGAUUGGGGCUCGUGGGGAGUGUAUCAAAUUUACACAGAAAGCCAAAGUCUAGGGAGAUUAUAAGAGCUGACAGCAAGAAGCAGAAAUGAAUAAGCCAAAGAAGGAAGUCUUAAUACAUCACCAGAGCUAGGAGAGAGAAGAGACAGACAGAAAAAAACACCGGAGGCAGGGAUUGUGGAAGGCCAGGCUGGUGAGAAUGAACUGAGUGGGGUGUCCUGGGCAGUUUGGAAGAAGAAGCCUUUGAUGGCAUGGUGUAGGUGAGAGUCUGCUGCAUAGGAAGGCUGGAGGUUGGAAUGGACAUUGGGAAAGCUGAGAGGCAGUGAGGCACUGCCUGGGAAAAGGACUCUUGAAACAGAACUCAGUGUUGCUGUUAGGAUGAACUUGGUGGAACUGUUGGCAAUGUUAACUGGUAGAGUCUUUUCAGAAAACAACUUGCCAAAAGUCAGAGUGUCCAUUCCAACUUAAGUCAGUGAAAAGUUAAAUGGUAAACAAUAGGGAAAUGAUUAAGUAAACGUAUCUGUGGACUCUUAUGCAGCUGUUUAAAAGUGAUAAUCAUGAGUUAUGUAGCAACGUCGAAAUAUAUUUACGGAAUAUUAAGUGGAGAAAGCAGGACACAAAAUUAUAUUUAUACUACAGCUGUUAACUGUCUAAAAGUGUAUGCUUAUAGUAAAAAGCUGUUGUGUUGUUGUUGUAGGCUUAUAGUUGAGCAUUAUUUUCUUAAAUUCUUUGAGUGUUCUUUAUGGUAGUGUUAUUAAAAAUUUUAUGAUCAUGUUUCCAUUGUGAACAUAAUUUGAACUCAUUAUCAAACACUUGGAAAAUACAGAAAAGUGGAGGGAAAUACUCAUAUCCCCACCAUCCAAAGAGAGAUAUACUCUUCAGUAUCUUGUUUGUUCUUGUUUCUGUGCACAGGUUUAUGAGUAUAACUAUGUGAAGCUGUGUAAUUAAAAUAGCUGUUAUGUUAUCUUUGUGAAAUUAUGGUUAAGUACUUUCAUCUUUAUUUUUUCAAAUGUCCCUUAUAAUAGUGUCCUGAAAACAAAGUGUAUUAUGUAUGUUUCCAUUACAAGCAUAAUAUAUACCCAGAGGAAAAAUUAGGCAAUACAAUAAAUUAAAUUAGAAAAGAAAAAAAAUUCACCCAUAUUCCCAACACCCAACAACAACUGUUAACAUCUUGAUCUGUUUCCUCCAUCUUAUUUCAGUGCACAAGCUUGUGAUUAUAACAGUGUUAAAAUAUAUACAUAAAAUCUAAAAUGAAAAGAAAUGUGGAAAAUAACUAAAAUAGUAUUGUCAUUGUGGGAUUAUGGUUAAAUAUUUUGUCUCAAAUUCUUUGAAUAAUUGGUGGUUUAGUAAUAAAUUGUGUGUAUUUUUUCAUUACAUGGAAAACUUUGGAAGUUCAGGAAAGAAAGAAAGAAAGAAAGAAAGAAAGAAAGAAAGAAAGAAAGAAAGAAAGAAAAAAUAAAUUCAUAUUACCAACACUCAAUAAUAGUUACUGUUAAUAUCUUGAUCUGAGCACCAGUUUGUGGUUAUUAGGGUGUUAUAAGUGUGCAUAAAUGUCAAAGAUAGGAAGAAAGAUGGAAAACAAUUACAUAGUUGUGUGGUCGUUGUGGGAUUAUGGUUAUUUUGUCUCAGCUUCCUUGAAUGGUCUUCAUUGUUACAAUAAGUGUUUUGGUAAUCCACCUUUAUUACAUAUAUUUCCAUUACAUACAAAGUAUGUGUUCAUUAUAGAAACUUUGAAGUUACAGUUAUGUAGAAGAGAAACUCACCCAUAUUUUCAUUAUCCAAAGACUGUGGUUAACAUCUUGAUAUAUUUUCUUCAUCUUCUGUGCACAGGUUUUUGGUUUGUUAAUAUGGUUGUGGUCGUUCUAUCUAUCUGUAAUAGUGUCAACAAUAAAAAAUAAAAUAAAGAAUAAAUAUUU